AUGCGGGGCCACUUCCGGGCUCUCCCGGAAGUUGCCGUUGCCAUAGAGAACCCGGAAGUGGACGCUGCCAUGGCGACCCCGGACGCCAUCCCGGACUCGACUGCAGAGGGGUCGCAGGAGGAGGGGCAGCAGAAGAGCUCUGAGGGGCUGGAAAAGAGUGAAAGUUCUGCAUCGAAAGCAGAGAGCGAACAAACGAGUUCUGUGACCUCUGCGAAAACCCAGGACCAGGAACAGGAAAAGGAACAAGAGCAAGAGCAGGAGCCCGAACAGGAGCAGGAGCAGGAGAAGGAGCAGGAUGAGGACCAUGAGAGCAUCAUUUCCUCACUGCUCUCUGAUGCAGAACCCGAGGGUCACAGCCCCAGAACACCGAAGCGAGUCCUGGCGUUCGUGAGGAUCAAGCCAACUGCUCAUUUUGCCCAAGAUAUGAUCAAGCUUGGGUCAGACAACAAGAGCAUCGAUAUCUACAUCCGAAAGAGUCCCAGGGGAGGAGUUGUGAAUAACUCUCAGACUGACUGGUCCUUCAAGCUGGAUGGGCUCCUCCACAACACUUCCCAGGAAAUGGUUUAUGAGACCGUGGCAAAGGACUUGGUGUCCAAAGCUUUGCAGGGCUACAACGGCACCAUCAUGUGCUAUGGGCAAACUGGGGCUGGCAAAACCUACACCAUGACGGGAGCAGCCUCUGAGUACAGAAACCGAGGGAUCAUCCCCAGAGCUAUCCAGCAGAUCUUCAAAUUAGCUGCAGAAUUCCUCAAUAUCCUGGUCACUGUCCGAAUUUCCUACCUGGAGAUCUACAACGAGACCUUGUUUGACCUCCUGGCACCGGCCAUGGGCCGGGGGUGCAAGGACAACCAGCUGGCUGUCAUGGAUGGUCCCCAGGGGGUUUAUGUCAAGGGGCUCUCCAUCCACCCUGUGAGCCACGAGGAGGAGGCUCUGCAUCUCCUUUUUGAGGGUGAGACCAACAGAGUGAUAGGAGAGCACUCCCUGAAUAAGAAUUCCUCCAGAUCCCACUGCAUCUUCACCAUGUACAUUGAGUGUCGUUCCAGAGAUUACACAAAUCACAAAUGCCUUAAAUCUAAAAUCACCUUAAUUGACCUGGCAGGAUCUGAAAGGCUGAGCAAGACUGGGUCUGAGGGCCAGGUCCGGAUCGAGGCCUCCUACAUCAACAAAUCCCUGACGUUCCUGGAGCAGCUGGUCAUCGCCCUGGCUGAUCCCAAGAGGGAGCACAUCCCCUUCAGGCAGAGCAAACUCACCCACGUCCUCAAAGACUCUCUGGGGGGAAACUGCAACACUGUCCUGGUGACAAACAUCUAUGGGGAAGCUGAGCAUGUGGAAGAGACUCUGUCCUCCCUUCGCUUUGCCACCAGGAUGAACUGGGUGACAGCAGAGCCUGUCCCCAACAAACCCUUUUACAGAGAGGCAUCAGUGAAGGCUCUGGAGGAGGAGAUCCAUCUCCUGAAGAAAGAGCUGAUCUUGCACGACUGCUUGGCAAAUCGUUCCUUCACGAGUUACAACCCCCUGACUACAGCCCAGAGGGCAGAAAUCAGAUCCCAAGUCCAGAAUUACCUCAGAGGAGUCAUUGAAGAAAUCAGUAUUGUGAAUGUUAGGCAGAUCCAGGAGGUGUUUAGACAGUUCAAAGUGAUUGUAAGCCAACAGGAGGAAGAAGUGGAGUCCAGGCUCUGGAACAAGUAUGGGCUGGGACAGAGAGACACAGCAGCUGAGUCUGAGUCCAGCUCUAGUUCUGAUCUGUACUUGGAUGAGGCUCAGGAGGAGGAGGAGGAGGACAUGGAAAGUACAGUUGAUAAGGAUGAGGAUUUGGAGCAGGAAGAGAAUGAAGAGACUCUUGAGGAUGGAAGUCAUCCUACAUCCCCCAUUCCUGCUGGGGAGAAGGAAGCCAAGAAGGACAAUGAGAAGGAAAGAAGGGGGAGCUCUGCUCUUGAGACAAGUCAGGAUGAUUCCUCACCACCCAAAAGUCCCAGCAAGGUUCUGGAUGAGGAAGAGGAAGGAAGUGACCAGGACAGUGAUGAAGAGAUCUCAAUCCCAUCUUCAGGGGAGGAUUUCCAGAAGCUCAGAUCCCCUCCAUCCAAGCAUGAGGCGUUUGAGCUGUUCAAGAAGGAGGCUGGACGGGAGAUCCACCGGAUCUUCAGGCAGAACAAGAGAAUCCUCAUUUCCAGGAAGAAGAGAAGCCACUCUGUGGUACAGAGGAUCAAUCGAAUCAAGCAGCAGAUGGAGGCAAUCAAGGAGGCUCUGGAGGCUCAGAAGAGGAAGAGGAGGCAGGAGGGAGAAUACAUGGAUGAGAAAGGACAGGUGAUCAUUGAUGAGGAGGAGUUUUCCCUCAUCCUGAAGCUGAAGGAGCUGAAGGAGCAGCACAGGGCUGGCUUUACUGAGCUGCAGGACCUGAAGGCAGAGAUCCAGUACUGCCAGCAGCUCGUGGAUAAGUGCAGGAAAAGGCUCAUCUCAGAGUUUGAGAUCUGGUACAACGAAUCCUUCUGUAUCCCUAAACACAUGAGGGAAGCUCUGAAGCCUGGUGGGAACAUCAGGCCUGGAAUGAUUCCCAUAAACAGAGUCACGUGCCUGGAUGAAGACGUGCAGGACAAGUUUGAGCGAAAGCAGGAGAUGGUGCUGCCAGACUGCCCAGGCUCCGUGUCCUUCUACAGGGCCAGGAUGAAGACAGAUCAAAAGCAAACCUUCACCAGGACCAUGGCAGCCCUCCGGAAAAUGCGCGGGAAACCCGAACUGGUCACGGCUGCUGGGAAGAAGAAAGCCCUGUCCUCCCUGCCAGUCACAUAGCCUGGAUCCCAGCAUUCCCGAAGGAAUGCCACCUCAGGAAGUGCCUUGUGCUCGAGUCCACGAUCGAUUAAUAAAAAUAAACAGCAGGAAAGUGAACCUCCCAACCUUUGGGCAGGCAGGGAGUUACUGGGA